UCAGGGGUCUGAACCCUAAAGCUCCAAGUCUAAAACAUAAAUGUGUUACAGCAGCGCUAUAAUUGUAAAGGUUCAGCCGGAAGUUGUGUAUUAUUGUGUCUGUCUUGACACCGGACUGGUUUCAGUGGUUUCUUGCUGCACCCAGCGGGCUGAUUGGGUUACCGUUCUCUCUUCACACCUGCAGUAUUUUUAUACGACCAAAAAAAAAAACCUGUACUAUAUAAUGUCGGAUUUCGAAGAAUUUGAGAAACAACUGAGCGAAAAUCGACAAGAGCGAGAAAGAGAGAGACACAAAAAGAGAAGUCGCAGUGGAUCUCUGGGCCGAGGUGACAAACAUCGCAGUUGGAGCAAAGACAGAGGGAGCCGUAGCCGAGAGAAGCGAAGCCGCAGCAGAGACAGGAAGAGCCGGGACCGCAGGAGCUCCUCCCGGGACCACAAGAAGCACAGCCACUCUCCGAGGCGGACAAGGAAAAAAAGGACCUGCAAAUACUGGGAUGUGCCUCCACCUGGCUUUGAACACAUCACACCAAUGCAGUAUAAGGCUAUGCAAGCGGCCGGGCAGAUACCGACUAUAGCUCUGCUGGCAACAACCACCACCGCUGGAGUAGCUGCAGCACCGACACAAGUGCCCAUUGUUGGCAGUCAGAUGACAAGACAAGCAAGACGCCUCUAUGUUGGAAAUAUUCCAUUUGGAGUCACUGAGGAGUCCAUGGCCGAGUUCUUUAAUGCUCAGAUGCGGCUUGCAGGUCUUUCACAAGCUCCAAGUAACCCUGUACUCGCUGUGCAGAUUAAUCAGGAUAAGAACUUCGCUUUCCUAGAGUUUCGAUCUGUAGAUGAGACGACACAGGCCAUGGCCUUCGAUGGAAUCAUUUUCCAGGGUCAGUCACUGAAGAUCAGAAGACCACAUGACUAUCGACCUUUACCCGGUAUCUCGGAGCAGCCUGCUUUCCAUGUCCCAGGUGUCGUCUCCACCGUCGUUCCUGAUUCCCCCCAUAAACUGUUUAUAGGAGGCCUGCCUAACUACCUUAAUGAUGACCAGGUGAAGGAGCUCUUGACAUCAUUCGGGCCUCUUAAAGCGUUCAAUCUUGUGAAGGACAGUGCCACGUCACUGUCAAAAGGUUAUGCCUUUUGUGAAUAUGUAGAUAUCGGCGUCACAGAUCAGGCUGUAGCGGGGCUCAAUGGAAUGCAACUGGGUGACAAAAAGCUGAUAGUCCAAAGGGCGAGUGUGGGAGCUAAAAAUGCCAAUCCUACCUCCGUAAUAGAAACCCCAGUAACGCUGCAGGUCCCGGGACUACAGAGGCUGCAGAACUCUGGUAUGCCCACGGAGGUGCUGUGUCUUCUCAACAUGGUGAUGCCAGAAGAGCUGGUGGAUGACGAGGACUACGAGGAGAUCCUGGAAGACAUCCGUGAGGAGUGCUGCAAGUAUGGCAGCGUCCGCUCCAUCGAGAUCCCCCGGCCUGUCGACGGUGUGGAAGUUCCUGGCUGUGGAAAGAUCUUUGUGGAGUAUGUCUCUGCUGCAGACUGUCAGAAAGCCAUGCAAGCCCUCACCGGCCGCAAGUUUGCCAACAGAGUGGUGGUCACCAAAUACUAUGAUCCAGAUAUGUAUCACAGACAUGAGUUUUAAAGCACAGACAAGUGUGUUGGGUGCGUCCUUUCUGUUUGUAAGCUUGGGUUCAGUCCGUUUCUUUACUUCUCUGAAUCUUGUGAAUGUGUCCUUAGAGACUAGACCUGGAAAAGGCAUUUUAUUAUACUUAACAAACUGGACUGCAGUGUAUGUUUCUUAGUACUGAAUAUCUCACUCUCACUUUUAGCCUAAUACCCAAAUGUUGAACUGAUCUCUUUCUAAAUUUUAAGUAUUGCUGUUGUAUAUGUUGCAUUUGCAGUAGAAUGAAUGUGACAUGUAUCUUACCUAAAUCUAAACUAAUACUGCCUGACAAUGCCAGAUUAUCUGUCUAUAAAGUAUACGUUAUAUGACAAAAAACAACCAUCAAAUGUUUUCCUUCUGAGUACAAACAUUUAUUUGUUUUAGACCCAGGCUUUUGAAGAAAUCAUAAUGUUUACUGUGUGACUAUGAUUAAAAAGGUUUUAUAUAUUUAUUUAUUUAUCUAAGGUAAUAUUUUUCCUAUGUGUGUCAUAUAUUAAUGUACCUUAAACAUAUUCAGUGCUAUUACCUGUGCUGCUUACAUAGACCAAAUGUUGACUUGUUUUGUCAAAAGUGAGAAGGUAGUUUGUUGCAAAAGUCAUUUUGUAAAUAUGAACUGUUGAUGUAUAAAGAUAGUAGGUAUUUUAAAUUGGACAUGCACAGUGGAAGCUACUUGAAUUAGAAAAUAUUCAAAAAAAAAUUUAAAUGCUGUGGUUGAAAAAACCCAACUCAUCAAAAAUGGUUGACCGUUUGUUAAACCUCUCCCCUGAGCAUCGCUAGUCUAAUCAUAGCUUAGCAACUGUAACUAGGGCCUUGGUGAAACCAACAUUCAUCUUCAGCUCUUCAACCCUUCAGUGAACAGUCUUUGUCUAGUUUUAUGACUCGCUCGCUGAUUAGUGUUAACAUACUAUGUGGCAGGUUGUCAUGGAUGCUAUCAGAGUUUUGGCUGUCCUGCUGCUUACUGAAUGUGGGGAUGUUAGGAUUAGAGGUUCUAACAGAAGAAAAUGUACAUUAAUGCAUGUUUCCAUCGUCAGUGAAGCAGAAGCUUCAGUGAACGUUUAAGUCACAUGCUUCAUGUAGCUAUUGUACAUGUCAUGAUUUAAAUCAGUUUCCAUUGUGCUUUGUCACAUUUUGGUUUUAUCAAUACACCAAUUUUCACACCUCAAUCAAGCAUAAAAGCACUUGUGCGCUAUAAGAUGUGCACAAAAACAGGUGGAUGGAAACAUGGCUAAUGUUAGCUUAGUUAGCCACCUAGUUACAGCUGAUACCAUCUGCCAGUAAAAGUUAUUUAGUGAGCAAUAUGAACAGUCACCAUCUAGAAACAAGAAGGUGUUUUUGUCUGACACAGUUUUAAAUUAAGGACCCAUUAAAUAGUUUAAAAUAUUAUAAUAAAAUUUGAUGACAAAUCUCCCACCAUUGUCAUUUUAACUUAAAUUGCGUCAUUUGAGAACAGAAGGUUUAGCAACGUAGCAAGAUUAAACCAAGGGGAAGGAUGGGAUGGCCAUUCUUCCUAAUGAAAGUUGUUUGCCUGGCGCAUAUACGCAAACAAACAAAAAACCUUCCAGGUUUGCUUCCAUGUUGUGCAGCCCACUGCACAUGUACAUUAGUGUGUGUCCCUUGCUGCCCCUGGCCAUGCGCUCUUACUCAGCCCAUAGACUAUUGGGUUGAUGUCAUGAAAAUAAAACUGGUUUUUAGGCUCUGGGAAAGUUUUACAAAGAUUAAAACACCAUGGAUUACAGUAAAAAGAGUGAUGCGUGACUUUGCUUGCAGUUCAAGGUGUCUUGUUUUAGAGAUGUACUUCUCUUUUAUUGUUGUGGUCUAUAAUGCUUUGUGGGCCAUUGGGGGGCGGGUUUGAUGCAGUAUUGCAAGUGGCCACUGGAAAAAAAAUGGCUGGCAGUGCUGCAUUCAGUUUUCAGUAAUAGAUCCAUGGGCUUAAUGUGUAGCAAUAGUUAUUAUAGGGGGUGGGGCUUAAUAAACCAUCAAACCAGCAAUAGUAUACUUUGUUGUCAGCAUAAGAAUGACAAAAUCAAAUGUCUUCAUGAUCUCAUAAAAAAUGAGGAUAUGCACACUUUAGGUUUUGUUGAUAACAUUCUGAUGUGCAAAUGUGUUAAGCUUUAUUUUGUGUGAAGAAACUUUAUUAAAUCAAAGUGUCAAUUUAUUAUAACAUAUCCUGAUUUAAAAGGUGCAGGCACAAGUAUAGAAUCCAAACAAAUAGGAAUUGGGAGGAUAGUCUGGUUUGCCUAUACUGCACACUAAACUUGCAGUAUAUUUCACAACAAACAAACUGUUUACGUAAGUGCAAUGAUAGGAAUAUAUAAACAGCUGAAUUUUAUACAUUUUUAAAUGGCCAAACGUUUUUAAAUAUUUUAGUUUUUUCCCCCCCUGCCACUUCCAUUGCCUUGAAUAAAUGCUUGCAUCCACUGUG